CUGGCUCAGGGGAGCGCUCCUCUCCCCACCGCAUCCUCCCCAUCCUCCGGCACCCCGGGGGUGCUGGGGGGCUUUGGGGGUGCAGGACUUACUUUCCAUGCCUACUUAGUUUUCAACUAGGGAAUCAACAGAAGCAAAAGCAAUUUUUUCCCUUUUUGACACCCGCCUCCCCAUUGGCUCCCCCCGGGUCAGCUGACUUUGUCAUUUUGUCUGUCCUGGAGCAGAGCCUUCCCUAUAACAAUCUAGUUCAGACUACAAACUGGAGACAGAAAUAAAUAUUAAAGAAAUCACACAGCCAGGUAUAGAGGACGAUAUGAAUUCCUAUUUUACAAACCCAUCUUUAUCCUGCCAUCUAACCAGUGGCCAAGAGGUGCUUCCCAACGUAGCCCUCAAUUCAACUGCCUAUGACCCUGUCAGGCAUUUUUCUACUUAUGGAGCAGCCGUUGCUCAAAACCGGAUUUAUUCUUCUCCUUUUUAUUCACCGCAAGAUAAUGUUGUGUUUAGCUCCAGCCGAGGACCUUAUGACUAUGGAUCUAAUGCUUUUUACCAAGAAAAAGACAUGCUUUCUAGCUGCAGGCAAAAUUCUAUGGGACAUAAUACACAGACAUCAAUCGCACAGGAUUUUACCAGUGACCAAAACAGGAACACUUCGCAAGAACAAAAAACUAGCAUUCAAAUAUACCCAUGGAUGCAGCGUAUGAACUCCCACAGUGGAGUGGGCUACGGGGCCGACCGCCGGCGGGGCCGCCAGAUCUACUCCCGUUACCAGACCCUGGAGCUGGAGAAGGAAUUUCACUUCAACCGGUACCUGACCCGGCGGAGGCGGAUCGAGAUCGCCAACGCGCUCUGCCUGACGGAGCGGCAGAUCAAGAUCUGGUUCCAGAACCGAAGGAUGAAAUGGAAAAAAGAAAGUAAUUUGAGUUCAACCCUCUCCGGGGCGGGGGGGGGGGCCGCCGCCGCCGCCGCCGACAGCUUGGCCAAGGAGGAGAAGCGAGAAGAGACAGAGGAGGAGAAGCAGAAGGAGUGA